GAUGCGGCAGCCGGACCUCAUGGAGAGGAUGGAGGAUAGAGUCCUGGCAGGGGAACAGAUCUUCCUUGGACCCAAGGUUUGGAUACGGGGGAAGCCUGUCAUCACCGUCAUUGACAACCCUCUUUCUGGGCAACCGGAGAGAUGCACGAAACACCAGAGUGUUACACUGUCCCCACAAAAAUACAAAUUUGAUAUAAAGACUAUAAAAGUUGGCUCAUUUGUGGAGACAGCCCCCCUCAACCAAACCCAUGUGAGUGACAGGCAACCAGUGAAAAUCACCGCCAUAUGGGCUACCAUCUCAGAUAAUCCACUGGUCCUGUUUGAGGGCACCAUCUUCCUGCCUCAACACAGAGAAGAUCCCCUGACAGGCUGCAAAGAAUACCAAGAAGGAGGAAAACUACUCUUCCCAACGGCAGUCAUCACUGACACCCUCAUGUUCCUCCACCACAAAUGCUUCUGGGAACCAAAUCGACAGCUCGGAAUCGGGACAAAGUCCACUGCCACCAAUGAACAGUACUGUCAAAUAGUUGACAAAAAAAUCAUCCACAAUUCCAGGAACAAACAAUACCUGAUGAACACAUUCCUUCACUCUCAUAUAGAGUAAACACUCAAUCAGUUCUUUGUGCUGCUAAAGCCUUGGACUGGUACCAGUCCAAAAUACAGAUGUUUUUGUUGUGCCUGAAUGAAGCAGUCUUUAAUGUGUACAAUGUGAUUUUGAGAUGUAUGCCCUAUAUGAUAGGGGCUGGAAC